AUGCUGGGGACGGGCGCCCUGGCCAAUCAGGAGGCGGCUGGGGGGUGGCUUUUUGCUACAAACCAGAAAGCGACUGGAGGGGACCGUCAUGCAGAAGAUGGAGUCGGAGCAACUGGAGAGGCUGCGUCAUGCAAACCAAGACCUUCUGCAAAGGCUCAAGGUGAAGCAGGAAGAAAUCAAGAAAAGACUUCCUCGCAAGCCACUGUCUUCAUCCUCUCUUUCCAGAAGAACAACUCCUGCAGAGAGAGCUGUCCCUGUUCCUAAGAGAGGGAAGGAGAACCAAGUCCGUGCGACGAAGGGCACACCGGACCCCGUGACGCUAGUGUCUGUGGAACCCGGAGCCAGCACAGCCAGGGCAGCCCUUCAUUCGCCAUUGAAACCCGCAGCGUGCGGCAGGGAGGGGAGGGGUGUGCUGCACCGCAGAGCGGGGGCGCAUCCGGGUUCCCCCAGGGCAGAACGAAGCUUCUCACCGGCAGCAUCCCUCACCACAGAAACCUCCAGAGUGACCAGAGACGGCAAUGCCCUGAGAAACCCAGGGGAAGAAUCCAUCCCUGUGAAACACAGAGAGAGCAGACAGCAAUCCACCGUGCUCCAUGGAGCCCCGGAGAGGGGCGGGCCAAGGGCUGAGGCAGAGACGGUGCUGGGCAGGACCCCAGCAGAAGGGAAUGGCCGGCAGCAAACGGCCAUUAGAGACUCCAGGACUCCCAAAUCAAUCCUGCUGACACCUGGGGGGAAAGAAGUCAAGAAGGAAGCAGGCCGAGUGACUUUUCUGUCAGACCCUGAGGAAUACACCAUCCCCGCCGAUAGCUGGUCAGCACGUCCUUUCUUGGGGUACGACUGGAUUGCAGGGCUGCUGGAGACGGACUCGUCGUUGUCUGAGAAAUCUGAGCAGUACUUCUCUGAGCUACGGGAGUUCCGGCAGGUGAACAAGGAAGCGUGUGUCCAUGAGGAAGACCUGGGGCCAGAGGCACCGGAUUACUUGGCUCCUGAACAAGAAGCAGAUUCGGUUUCCAGUUCCCAUCAGUGUGUUUAUUGCUAUCGAUUAAACAGGCGCCUGUUUACAGUCCCUGUGGAUUCCCAGUCUGCCUGCCCCGUGUGUAAGACCCCGAGAGCCCGACGGCCUCCGGAGACGCUGGAGGAACCAGCCUACGUCAGGGUCAGCAUUCCCAGGUCCACCCUCCUGCCUGCCUAUAAGUACAAAAUCCAUCGCAGGAAGAGCUUUGAACCAGCAGACGAUCUGGCUUUACCCUCGCACUGCCUGGCCGGUUGGGAGAACGUCGUCCCUUCCAGCAGCCCCACGCUUAGCAGUUUGGAUCUGCGAACUUCACUGCAACAAAAGCCCACUGACCAUUCUCACCUGACCUUGGUGUCCCGAAUGUCCGGAGGAACCAGAACGGACCAGCUCCUAAACCUGUCCCGCUCAGCUCAUUUCAGACUUAGUAAUGCUUCUCGGCAGAGAGCUCCAGACAAGCCACUGUGCUACAGAGCAACUCCUAAUUAAAGUCCUACUGUCUCAACCGUAUGAGCUGCUGACCUGAUUACCCAGGGCCCAUGGGGGAUACUGGGAGUGAGUAAAAAUGAUGGUGUUUGCCUAAAAAUGAACCUUUAGAGGAGGGAUUUUUUCCGAGCCCUGCAAGUGCAAACGCCCUCGCAAAAAUCCGCAUGCACGUGUGUGUUGGAAUUGUGCAAGCUGCGAUUAGACAAUGGCAGAAAUUGCUUGCAGUUGGCCAGUUUUGGCCUCUAACCGGCCCUUUGUACAUACAAUCACCGCAGUUGUGCUUUCCCAUCCAGGGAUGUAAACUAAGUGUAAGUGGUCAGUUGCUAUAAGAGACAUCUGGUAGGGUUGAGAAAACAGGAUGACUAGUCCUGUUCCCUGUAAUAGAACAGCCAUUGGGUGUAUUGCAAUAGACACGUACAGAGCGUUCAUCCGCCCAACUCAUAAAAGUGAUACGGUUGACUCAUCAAACCAAGAAUUCUGACUCUCUGGACAAGAAGUUGGGUCUGUAAGCUGCAGCAUGAGUUCUAAGUUCUUAGGGAUCUCUACUGUCCUUCUGAGCCCAGUGCAUGGUCCUGCCCCCGCUGCUGUCAAUGGGAGCUUUGCCACGGAUUCCAGAAGUGUAGGAUCAUACCCUACGGGUAACAUACUGCUGUUCUCCCAGUAAUGUCUGCCAUUUAGAACACUCCCCCUUCCAUAGCCUAUUAUCACUUCUGCCUAUCCCCAAACUGCUCUGUUUCCCACCCUCCCUGCCCAUGUAUCUGAUUUGACUCUCCACAGGGGAUCAGCUUUUCCACUGGAACAACUGGCAGCCCUGGGUCUGCAUGUGCGAGAUACACAAACAGGCACGAAUCCGGCACUUUGUGGUUUCGGCUGAAAACGUCACCGUGAACCUGAAGACUGCUGAAUUCUGGGAGGAAAAGGCCUGCUCCUUGCUGGAUUGUAUCAUGUGCAAGCCGGAGGAGUGUCCGGGCAGUCCUAGGCUAUCUGGCUUCUUGCCCCAAUUCGAACAUCUCUCCGUUUCAAAGCCCAGCAACGCUAACCCACCUCCCAUGAGCAUCACUGACUUCGAAUCUUAUGAGAGUCUCCCAGUGGUGGAUGACACAGGUGAGAAGUAAUGGCCUAGAGGGGAGUGAGGUGUAACUUUCUGAUGAUUGUGCUGUACUCUGCAGCAACAGACAGGACAGGAUUGAGGACAAGGCUUGCAGAGCACAUGGCAAGAUGGAGCAGAAGGAAUACAUGCUGCUGGAGCAACUGCUUGAACUGGACUAGAGAAUCUGGGCUGGAUGACUAAGGGCUGCAUUGUAUGACUCAGAACUGGUCAGCUGAGUUUGAAUAAAGUUAAAUGGAAAUGUAAUCAUCUUUGGAAAGUUAACUUUGCCUUUCCCCAUCUCGUGCGGCUCUCGUAUAUGAAAGAAACCUCUGGGCCAAAGGCAGAGCUGGCAUAAACCUGUCGAGAUGCACCCCCCAUAGCCGGUCUGAAUUUGGCCCUGCAUUUGGUUUCUAUUUAUCCUGCCCUUGCCUCCUCACUGCAGCAGUCUGGAAACGCUGCCCACUCGGGGAACUUUUUACCCUGGGUAUUGUGGUAACAAGUCCAAUGAUACGGUGUUGGCCCAGUUGGACAUUAGAACCAUCUCUGAUUGCCCAAGUGAGCCUUAGAGCCCCUUCCUCCACUGACUGGACCAGGCCCCAAUAUGGUCUUCAUUUCUUGAGCAGCAGGAGGGCCCUUUCCUCAUUAACAGGACGAGGCUCCAGAGCCAGACCAGACCCUAGGACCGUUCUCUCUCCUUACUUAGCUGAACUGGGCCCCAGCUCUCUCUCUGUUCCCUCUUUUGCUAGGUUGGUCACGAAACUUUUUCCUCUCUCAGUAACUGCACUAUUCCUCUUGCCCAGUCAGCGUAUGCAAGGAGAGAGGCUAGGAACCCUCUACUGAAUGGGCUGGACAUGGAUUUCUCUCAUGCCUCUCUGACUGUGUCCUGGGAUCUCCUUCCCAAGUACAAGACGGGAUUAUAUGUUCAGGAGCCAGGCUCUGAUCCCAUUUUCAUGGGGUAAAACUGGAGUAACGCCACCGAUACUGAUGCAAUGACUCUGGAUUUCUGUUGGCGUGAUUGCAAUCACAAUUCUGUUAAUCAGAAUGGAAUUAACUAGUUCUGGGUAAGAACAAGACUCCUUUAGCCCUUUUUGGUAACUGACUAAUUGCAGUUAGUUGGCCAAAUCCUCCACUGGUGUAAAAUGGACAUAAGUCCACUGAUGUCAACAGGGCUACGCUGAUUGACCCCAGCUAAGGAUAUGGCCCACUGUUGCACGUUGAGUAGCUUUCAAAAUGUCUGCCAAGCCCUUUUGACUAUUUGAAUCCCACCCUCUGAUCACCAAAUGUCUUUUCCUUCCUUCCCUCCCUCCUCCCCCCACAUACUUCAUUACGCAGAACAUUCUCAUGCAGACCUGCUGGCUCAGAGCAUCCGGGGCUAUACUCCGGUGUUGCCCUCAGCAACAGGAGUGUAUCUUUGUAGGAGACUUAAUCCCUCCCCCCCCCCCCGUUAGUCACAGAACCCCCCAAUCCUGCCCCCAUGCUACCCUGGCCUCCAGUUAUCCCCAUUCUUGUGCUCUCGGAGCCUUUGUGUGUGUUUGGGAACUAAGCUUUCCACAGAGGGCACCGUCUCAGAGUCUUUUUCUUUCUUUUGAGCCUAAUUCAUCACACCAGGGGGGAGGGAUAGCUCAGUGGUUUGAGCACUGGCCUGCUAAACCCAGGGUUGUGAGUUCAAGCCUUGAGGGGGCCUCUUAGGGAU